AUGUCUCAAGACUCUGCAAAAUUACAAGCUCAAAUUGAAGAGAAGAAAAAAUUACUAGAGGUUGCUAAAAAGCGGGUUGAGAGUGUGUUAGAGAACUCAAGCAGCAGUGAAAAUGAUAGUAGAGCCAAGAUUGUAUCACUCGUUGAAGUUUUGAAACGCGUACCAUACCGGCCUGCUGAGGAUGAUUUGAUUGGCAGGUCUUUGGCUGAAGCUCAUCUCAUUGAAGAGAUUGGCGCUCUUGAUAAAGUGCUUGGGAAAUUUAAGAAGGAAAACGAUACCAAAUUACACGAGAACCUAGAAACGGAGACUCAGCUAUCAAAGAUAUACGAUGAAUUGAACCAACAUCUAGAAGUUCGAAUAGGGGAGAGGGAAAAAGAGCGUCAACAACUCAAUAUGGAUAUACAGGAUAAUACAGGUGAAUCUUUAGAUAAAAAAUACAGCACAGUUGCCGAGGAGAUUGAUGAACUACGGGAUAGAUCCAAGCAAUUGGCAGAAUUCACUAAAGUAUUGGUGAAAGAUUACAUUCUUAAAAACGAAUUCACCAUAUUUGACUACGAGACACAAAUGAAGCAGAAAACAGACCGAUUCUUGAAACUGUUGGAAAUCCUACUUAACAAUGCAUUAACUUCACCGUCCCAGGGAUCGGAAAAGACGCUCGAAGUGGCUAAUAAAGACGAUCCAUUGAUUCGAUAUCUCAUUGUGAACAACAUUGUUGUGGUAGACAAGAGAAAUGCUAAUAGAAUCAAGCUUAGAAUAUAG